GGAGGAAGGCUGUGCUUAUGCGUGACUGACAGCAGACGGGACUUCCUGCGGGGGAGCUGCUGCAGCGCCCUAACGCUUUGUAGACGAGCUCUCUGGGGUUGGGGGGCAGGGCGGUGAAGGGGAACCCUCCGCUGGAGACCUUCCAGUGCUGCCAAGGAAGAGGACGGGCAGCAGCAGCCAGGGAAGGAGGAGGCGGCUGCACUGCAGAAUAACAGGAUCCCUCACCCCCCUGCGUAAGGGAAGAGAGAGAAGAGCCGCUGCUGUCACUGCUCCAGCCACUCAGCCUGAAGAUGGCUGCUUCUUCCUCCUACAAUGUGGAAGAAGAUGAGAGUCUGAAGGGAUGUGAGCUCUAUGUUCAGAAGCAUAACAUCCAACAGAUUUUGAAAGAGUGCAUUGUAAACCUUUGCAUCGCAAAACCAGACCGGCCAAUGAAGUUCCUCAGAGAACAUUUUGAAAAAUUAGAAAAGGAGGAAUGCAAACAAAUAUUGGCUCGCCAGAAAUCUAAUUCCCAGUCAGAUUCUCAUGAUGAUGAGAUUUCUCCUCCUCCUCCAAACCCAGUGGUGAAAGCUCGACGCAGAAGGGGAGGUGUCAGUGCUGAGGUGUACACUGAGGAAGAUGCUGUUUCUUAUGUUAGAAAGGUUAUUCCAAAGGACUAUAAAACAAUGACUGCUCUGGCAAAAGCCAUCUCCAAGAAUGUGCUCUUUGCUCACCUUGAUGACAAUGAGAGAAGUGACAUAUUUGAUGCCAUGUUCCCUGUUAUGCACAUUGCCGGAGAAACGGUCAUACAGCAGGGUGACGAAGGAGACAACUUCUAUGUAAUAGAUCAAGGAGAAGUGGAUGUUUAUGUAAAUGGAGAAUGGGUUACCAGCAUUGGAGAAGGAGGCAGCUUUGGGGAGCUUGCAUUGAUCUAUGGAACACCAAGAGCUGCCACUGUCAAGGCCAAGACAGACCUCAAACUUUGGGGCAUCGACAGGGACAGCUACAGACGCAUUUUAAUGGGCAGCACACUGAGAAAGCGAAAGAUGUAUGAAGAAUUCCUGAGCAAGGUCUCCAUUUUAGAAUCAUUGGACAAAUGGGAACGCCUUACAGUAGCCGAUGCACUAGAACCUGUCCAGUUUGAAGAUGGAGAAAAAAUUGUUGUGCAGGGAGAGCCCGGGGAUGACUUUUUCAUCAUCACAGAAGGCACAGCUUCUGUUCUUCAGCGCAGAUCUGAUAAUGAGGAGUAUGUAGAAGUUGGAAGACUUGGUCCAUCGGAUUAUUUUGGUGAGAUAGCACUGUUGCUCAAUCGUCCCAGGGCAGCCACUGUAGUGGCACGUGGGCCACUGAAGUGUGUAAAGCUGGAUCGUCCUCGCUUUGAACGAGUGCUUGGUCCUUGUUCUGAAAUCCUGAAGAGAAACAUUCAGAGAUACAACAGUUUCAUUUCUCUUACCGUCUAAGCUAUUCCAUUGGGAAUGCUGCCUUUGUGUGACCCUGUGCACUUAAAUUUGACCUGUGCAGCUCAAUAGCUUUAUGAAGAGAAAAAAAGUGUGCAUUUAAUGUGUCUUUUUCUGUCUAUGUCUGAUGCACUGGAUAUAAAGUCAGAUGUUAUGUAUCAUUAAAGUAGGACGAAAACCAUUUGGAUAAGACUAGCUGUUAGGAUUGUUUAUGAAUGGUUUUCGGCUUCCAGGUAAGAUUGCUAUGUGUUACCCUGUAAAAUACUUUCAUUGUGCAUUUUAGCAACUUAAAAAUACAUCUGAGUCUCUAUUUCUCCAUUUAUUUUAGCUCAGUCUCCUGAAAGUUAGUCCUAUCCAUCUCUUGUCAAACUUUUUUAAUGAAUAUACAUCCCCCUCUGCCCUUCAGUUCAAAAUGCUUUUCACUUGUUACGGGAAGUUGGCAAAACACUACAUGACAAAGGACAGUUGCACAAUUUGAGGGGGAAGGCAAGAGGAAGAUUUUGAUCAUUCCAAUACUCCAAGGAAGAGUAGAACUUUGGAUCAUUUUGUCUGUUAAACCUACUGGGCCAGAUUUGUCCUUGAUGCAAAUUCUUUGAAGGCAGUGGAGUUACACCAGGGAUAAAUUUGGCCAUGCUCCAAUUCAAUUUUGAAAGUGAAGAUUUCAAGGUGUUUGGGGGAUUUUUUUGUAAACAUUUAAGUGUAGUCAUUCAUUCCCAAAGUGGGCUGCCCUGAGUCUUUUUAACUAAGAGCCUGAGCCAAAGCCCACUGAUGUCAAUAGGAGCUUUUCCAUUGACUUUAGGCAACUUCGGACCAGGUCUUAAGACUUUUGAAGCAUCAUUCUAUACACCAGAAUAUCAGCAGCAGCUUUUUCUGAAUAGUAUAUAAAAAGCUUGAGCAAUCAUUCUAGAAAGCACAUCAAAGAUAUUCAACGGCAGUUUGGUAUGAAAAUAUUUUACAUACAGGCCAUUUACUGCAGUUGAAAUACCUUUGCUUUUGUAUAUGAUCGAGGUGUUUUGAAAGCCAGACAUAUACUUUCAAAGGAAUCAUCCCUGAAUAUACUGUGCUGCCUCUCGUCAAAAAGACGAGCACUGUGCAAGAGAGUAGUCAGGCCCUGAUCCUGCAAUGAACGGCAUGUGCUUGGACCCCUGCCCCUGGCACAGCCCCACUGACUUUGUUGUGGCUCUGCACAGGCACAGGAACCCUCUUGUGUAGGGCUUUCUGCAGAACCAGGCCUUAGCCUGCUGUGCAGCUAGGGUGACCAGACAGCAAGUGUGAAAAAUCGGGACGGUGGUGGGGGUAAUAGGAACCUAUAU